AUGCCUUCCAUGCUCACGCCUUCAUCUGUAAUCUCUAACUAUCCUGAUUUGCCUACCUACCUGGAUUUCCCACCCACCCUCCCUCUCCUGCCUCCUCCUAUCAUCCCGGCUACUUCAGCCCCGCCACCGCUGCAUCCUGGCAGUCCCUCUGCUCACCCUCAGCCCACCAUCUGUGCGGUGAGAUCGCCGCGGGUCUGCCUGUCUCCAUCGGCAUCGUGGCUGGGGGAUCCCUCGUCUUCGCCUCCAGCCUCUGAGUCCUGGACUCCACCUCGGCUCCUAGCUCCCUCAUCUCCACCGUCGCCCAUCGGCCCACCAGCUCCAUCGGGCUCCUUCGUCCCUCCGGCUCCGCCUUGGUCUGUCGUCAUCCCGCCAUCGCCUCAGGACUCCACUCCUCCGGCUGUGCCUCGUUGCUCCGCCCCACCGGCUCCUCGCUCCGGCUCCGCCGCGUACCUCCGGACCUCCGCCUCGGUCGCCAGAGCCCUCGGCUCCACCUUGGCCCUCUGGAUCCUCGGCUUCGCCCGGACUCAUCUGCGCUCCGGCUCGGGCUCCUCCUCCACCUGCUGUGCCGCUGUCGGGUUUUGCACAGACCAGCUAAGAAUUAAUGGCGGUAACAGCCAACGCAGUUUGGCGUGA